CUUUCCCCAAAUAAGCCAGUAGGAGAGGGAUCGCAGAGUAAGCCUGGGAGAUUGGAGCCCCUGGUUAUAAGUCUUGGGAGUGCUGCUUGGACCCACAGCCUUCCGCUCAAGAUACACCGCCUGCCUGACUGCCUGGCUGACUUGACUGACUGAGUCUCACUCCACUUUUACUCACUCUCUCUCCCUCUAGUGUCCUGCUCCCUCGCUCCUUCCCUCCUACUUUCCACCCUGGAGAGCGAGAGCGCACAGAUUGCGAAGGUGUUCCUCAGACCUGUGUCUGGACAGCUCGGAGACGGCACCGAGGAUUUGUCGCUCUUCUCUCACUUGCUCUCUCAUCCUCGCUCUCAAUUUCACCAUCUCUGGCAAAGGAAAGCUCAUGGAUGGACUUUUUUCCGCUGCUUGCCAGAGGCAGAAAGUAAAAGUUGAAUAGACAAUUUGCUCCACCUGCAGUUGAAAAUAUCACAUUUUUUACUUUUUGGUUGUUUUUUUCCCCCCUCCCUGCGCUUGUGAGCAACACUGGACCGACUGAGGGUGCACGCUCUUUGCCCGGGAGGACACCGUUCCUCUUUUUUGGCUGCAUGUUCAUUGAAUAUCUGAUGCCAUUGCAUCCCAUGGGAGACACGCGUGGCUGAAGCAAGGAGGGAGGCAGAAGAAAAACCCACCUGAAGCUCACACCUACCGUUGCCCUUACCCUGCAGCUCAACGCCCGGAGGAGAGAAAGUUGUUUUUGUGUGACAUCUGAAGCCUGAGAUGCUCGUGACCAUGCUGUUGGCUCCUGCCUGUGUGCUACUGAUGCUGGGAGCGCGUGCUCUAGCUGGAGGCUAUCCCCCCAUGGCCCACAUGAAGUACAUGCAGCCCAUGAUGAAAGGGCCUAUCGGACCCCCGUUCAGAGAAGGCAAGGGACAUUACGUUGAUAUGCCACACAUGAUGGAAGUCAAGGGGGAACCAGGUCCCCAAGGAAAACCUGGAAUUAGAGGCCCCCCCGGGCCUCACGGAAAUCCAGGCAAACCUGGACUGGGCAAGCCAGGUCUCAAUGGCCAGCCAGGCUCUCAAGGGCCUCCUGGUUUUCCAGGAAUCGGUAAGCCCGGACAUCCAGGGCUCCCAGGAAAAAUUGGUCCAAAGGGAAUGAAUGGGCUUCAUGGCGAGAUUGGCCCUCGUGGUGAACCAGGUUCCAGAGGUUCUUCGGGGCAGCCCGGCCUCCCUGGCCCAGCUGGCUUGUCUCUAAAUGGGAAACCUGGACUUCCAGGCAUGAGAGGCCCCUCUGGCUCUCGGGGUGAACCGGGAGGAAAGGGUCUUUCUGGCCCACCAGGUGAACGUGGGUUUCGGGGAGAGAAUGGAAAUGGAAAGCCAGGGCCUUCAGGUAUAAGGGGUCCACCCGGGCUGAAAGGCACGUCAGGACUUCCCGGUCUUCCAGGUAUCGGCAAACCCGGCCUCAAAGGUUUGUCUGGACUGCCUGGUUUUAAAGGGGAUCAAGGACUCCCAGGGGAACAAGGAGAACCAGGAGAGGCUGGGGCUCCAGGUCUACAAGGUCUGCCAGGACCAGUUGGGUUCGGGAAACAUGGGCAAGACGGACUGCCUGGAGGAAUCGGUUUACAAGGUCCAAAAGGUGAGGCAGGGCUCAGGGGUUCUCCCGGAUUUCCUGGCACUCCUGGUUAUGGAAAACCUGGUCUGAGUGGGCCUAAAGGAGACAAGGGCUACGGGGGGCUGCCUGGUCUCCCAGGGGACAAAGGAGGGCAAGGAAUGCUCGGCCCACUUGGGGAACCAGGCCUUGAUGGGCAAUCAGGACCACCAGGACUUCAAGGCCCAAUGGGACUCCCUGGAAAACAUGGAAUGCUAGGACAGAAGGGACAGCUGGGGCCCCAAGGCCCUCCAGGACUUCCUGGCCUCAGAGGUGACCAAGGCCCCAGUGGCUCUUUUGGAAAACCUGGCAUCCCUGGGGAGAAAGGCAUUCUUGGACCUCACGGUCCUGUUGGAAAACCUGGACCCAAAGGUGAUUCAGGGCAUAUUGGCCUACCUGGAAACCCAGGACUGACAGGUGUUUCAGGGCCUAAAGGCGAGGCAGGUUUUAUAGGAACGCCAGGACCCAGGGGCCAGUCAGGAAUUCCUGGUCUACAGGGUCCCAUGGGGCCCAUGGGGCCACAGGGUGGCCAUGGCCAAAAGGGUGAAUCCGGACUCCCAGGGCCUCCAGGACUGGGUAAGUUUGGAGAGAAGGGAACUAUCGGUCCCCAGGGUCCUCCAGGGAAAGCAGGCCCUUCUGGGCUGAAUGGUAACAACGGCGCUCCUGGCCUUCCAGGGCCCCCCGGUCCUCCAGGAAAUGGCCAAGCAGUUUCUGCAGGGCCAUCUGAUUCACAGUUGGAAGGGGAUGAAGUACCAGGGGACCGGAAGGGGCCUGCAUACAGCCAAGGCCCGCUCUCUGCCUCCGUGGCACCGGCCUUCACGGCCAUCCUCACCACGCCGUUCCCCCCCUCUGCCAUGCCAAUCAAAUUUGACAGAACCCUGUACAACGGGCAGAAUGCCUACAGCCCGGCGACUGGCAUGUUCACUGCUCCUUUGUCUGGGGUCUUCUACUUUGCAUACCACAUGCAUGUUAAGGGAACAAGUCUGUGGGUGGCGCUGUACAAGAACAAUGUGCCAGCUACUUACACCUAUGAUGAAUACAAGAAAGGCUACAUGGACCAGGCGUCCGGUAGUGCUGUCCUCGAGCUGAAGGAGGGUGACCAGGUCUGGGUCCAGAUGCCCUCGGAUCAGGCAAAUGGCCUCUAUUCUACCGAAUACAUUCACUCCUCCUUCUCAGGAUUUCUGCUCUGUCCCACAUAACCCUGUCCUUUCAUUCCUGUUCCUGUAUCGGCACCUCAGAGCAGCCCUAAGCCUAAAAUACCUGCAGCCGUUACAGAAACACAUAACCCAUAGGAUUCUCAAUAUUAUUGCCAUCAUCUUUAUCUGUCUCACCCUCAGCAAUAUCAGCAAGAAAAAGAACUUUGUGAAUUAAAUAUUGAAAGUUUUUAAAAGCAGGGGAAGGAAUUUCAUGCUGUGUUCUUUGUUUCAAUGUCCUUCAAAUGUAUGUGUUGGGUUGUAUUUCAUGAUGGUGUUUUUUUUGUUGCAUAUAUUAUUUUAAUUAUUAUAUUGUCAUAAUGUUAUUGUUAUUAUUUGGUCCUUGUCAUCAUUGUUGCUGUUGUUGUUGUUGUUGCUUAUUUGAUUCAGACUUAAGUGCCUUACUUUGUAAUGUGCUAGUGACAGACCUUCCCAUGUGACUGCACAUCCUGCCCACAAGCUCUGACAUCACCAGACCCUGGGGGGUGAUUGGUUCCUCUGGCUGCAGUCACAUCCCCCGUGUGUUCCUAUUUAAACCGUGUAUGGCAAUACUGACAUAAAGAGCAACAAUACAACAAAGAAAAUAUAGAAAGACAAUAGCAAAACAAGGCAUUUUGUGGCUGAAAUACUAUUACCUUUGACGUUUCUUUUGUUUGACCUUCAUGGUUCUCUAAACAAUUGCUACAUUAAAAUUAUUAAUGGGAUUAAAUCUUUGUUUUAAGAGUGAGAUAUAUAUAUAUAUUUUGACAAUUAGUUGGCAUCUCUAGGGUGCUUAUUUCUCUGCUUCUUUCUGAAUUUAGUUGGCGACCAUUUAAAGAUGACCUUUAUCUUUUUUAAAUAAUUUAUUGAACUGUCCAGAAAUGCAAUCCAAUAAACACAGUCCAAGAAUAAAUAUGACCACACAGUAUUCAACUUUAAAAAUGAAACAGGCCUGUUAAGAGUUGAUAUUGCAAACAUUGUGCUUUUUUACUUUCAGGAAAAAAAUAUUAAGAAUUAUUAUUAUGCAUACAGUCAAGGUUUACAUGGCAUGGAAUAGAUACUCAGAGAAACCGCAAUAUGGACGGUUAGGACACAACUCCAGCUGGAUUAAUGGCCCAUUACCUUGUAUUGAUCCCGUUCUUCACAUCUGCCCUGCAAAUCCCACCGCGAUGAUGCAGGCAUCCUCUUCAGGCGCUCUAACAAUGACAUCACUGCUUUCUAAUGGUAUCCUACCCAUUUAUACAUUUAGUAUCACAUAUCACAUUAAUAUUCAAAGUGAUCAAUCUCUGCUGCCAUACCAUGAAAGCUGCAUUUCUGACCACAUUUUGCAAAAUCUGUGAAGAUGCUGACUGUUUAGGUAAAAUAGGGAUGCAAAUGGUUGACAAACAAAAUACAUCCACUUCUUCCUUCAAUGCUAGUUUCUAAGCAACUUCUUGUUGCCGGGCAAACAAGAGCAAUUCUGUAUCAUUCUGAAGGAAAUUGUUUAAUAAUUCCCAAACCAUUGUGUCUAAAAUAGCUAAAUGAUCAUUUUGCUUCAUGGAACAUCUGUGGCUACAGGACGAAAUGUCUUUCAGAACAGAACAAAAAUGAAAAAUGUCAAAAAUAUAGAGCCGGAAAUGAGAAUCAAUCUGUAUUCACUCCAUAAAUAAGUAAAGGAACUGACUGAGGCCCGCAAGUUGUGAAAUACAGGUUGUGUAACAUUUAACAACCUCCUGCCAGAUUUCUGGGAGAGGUGGUGGGCCAGAGGUGAGAGAGGUGUAUGUACUCAUUUCGGUUGGAUAAGGCAUUACAGGAUACAUGCUGUAUGUGUAUGCGCGUACUUGUAUGUUCUGGUAAAUAUAUACCCUUCUGUCUGUCACUAUGUCAACACAUGUGAAUGUUUGUGUGUGUGUGUGUGUGUAUAUGCGUGUGUGUGUAGUUGUCACCCUGGCAUUCAGGUCAUUAAAACUUCAGCGAAGAUAAUCACAAACUUGAAUUAAAUUACAAACCCUGAGGAAGAGCUUAAAGUCCUGUUAAUGUUCCACAUGUAUUCUGACUCCAACAUCUCUCAGCCUGCUUUGGGCUUUUAAGAAAAAUACCCACACUGCAAAGUAAGGGAACACGUUAUAAAAUAGGGGAAGUUAAUGGGUAGAUUAUGGGAGUUGAGAUCAACAUAAUGAAGACAUUUACGAGAAAUAAAUUACUGGUUGACACUGAACACUUUUGACUAUUUUGCAUAUUGGUUCAAUGAGUGGCACACUGGUGCGCAACAUUUGUUGGGUUGUACUUAGGCACAAACAGAAAAACGACACUCUGGGGAAGUGUGCAAACAUCUUUUAUCAUAAUUGCAGAAGAGAGGACGUUUAGGCAAGAUUGAGAAAUGGCUUAGAGUACCGAUCGAUUACCGUGCCUUUACUUAUCAAACGCUAUCAUUACACUGAAUUGAUGGAGGAAUGUCAAUGUGCAGGAGGAGUGGGCCAAAUAUUGAGUUUUGCAAUCAGAAUAAAUAUUGUAUAGAAUGUUUCUAUAAAUCAUCUACCAUGCUGUGUCACGAUACAUAAACAGUAACUCUUCUGGGAAAGCAGCCCUAGGAGAAGGCCUAAUCAGUAUUUUACUCUUGCCCUUUCCGUCUCAUAAAAAAAACAAGCUACAACUGCUAUACGUAACAUUAUUGUCAUGUGAGUCUACAAGACCGUCCGAGGCUCGUUGUGUACUGUAUGUUGCCUUUUUUUGUCGCCAUCUAUUUUUGGACAGAUUAAAUGGUGAUGUGAGUUACAUGUGGCUAUAACUCUCUGUCCUUGCGUUUUGCUCGCAGAGUUUGCCCUGUGUGCAAAUCAGUCAACGAGUGUCAGUAGGAUUCACGUACCGUCUCGAUCACAAGUGUAUUUUCUGUUUUUCUUUUUUUUAAACGACACUUUUUUAAAGCCUUGCUUCGGUUUUUAAGGGAUAUUUGUUUUUUUUAGUUUCCGUAAAUACAAACGGCCAUUCCCAUUUGCACAUGAAAUUAAUGAAGAUGUAUUUAUACAUUUCUGAUAAUUUAAUAGGGAUGCCAAAACCGACCACCGAAGCCUAGAACGUAUAAAUGGUAUUUAACAGCAUUGAUGAGUUAAAAGCAUUUACGACAUGUAAUUAGCAUUCUAGAGUUGUUUGUGAAGGAUUAUUUGUUGACUUUUAUUUUCUAUUUGAGUAAUGUACAAUGUAUCAACUUCAAAGAUGUUUCUCAUACAAGGCAUGCACUCUAUGCAAUAGAAUUUGGGUAUUAAAUGCACUCUUUUUGAUCAAAGAUGUUUGUCUGCUUAUACAAAAUCUCCAGUACUUGAUUGUAUUGAUAUCACAUCAAUAAAAACCUUCUUGUA